AUGCACCCCAACCUGAUUGCCUUGAGCUGGAACUUCUACAACUUCAGGUCUGUCUGCAUGCUCAAUUCCCCCUCUGAGGGGGCCAAGGAGGCCGACCCAGGUAGAUCCUGCGGAGUUGGUGAUACAGCGUUGGAUGCCUGUCCGUUCCUGCUUGCCCCCUUCAAAUUAAUUGUUGUCAAUGGCCACCUCAUCAACCAGCAGAACUUUGCGCACGCCAAGACUUAUGUCCAUGCCAUUGUCAUCCAGAACCACCUCGAGAUGACCUCAUUUAAGCUACUCACCUUACUUCGCAGAUACCCUCCUGAGCUGAACCACACCCAUCUUCAUCAACCACCCGGCCUUUCUGGGCUCCACCGGCUCCAAAAUUGCCUGCCAGAAGGCCGGUAUCGCCAAGCCAAACGUGCCCUUCCUGAUCGCCAACAGUCCUAUCCAAAGGUCAAGCAGAUUUUUUGCUCCAAAACAUCCAGUAUCCGCCCCCUUACCCUACCACCAAGCACCUUCUCAUUUUACCACUGCUACCUGUGGGCUCCAGCCAGCUCAAUCUAUCCUACCAUCUAUGGAAGACAAUCCAAUACUCACCGAGCCCAAAGAUUGGGCUUCCAGCACCAAAACGCAGCCAUUUCCGCCUCCCUGGCCCAUCUUUUUGAACUCAACCUCCUGCCCCCUCUGGGCAACAAAAUCACACCCAUGCCAUUUUUGAAGCCUCCAGAACACAAACUGGAAGGGCCCAAGCUCGCUGAUUACAGCGGCUCCCAGCUCAUGCUCAAUGGUGCACAUAACAGGGCCUCCAACCAACUAUUGGGCAACAUUAUUAGACUCUUGAACGGCCCAUUAACCCCAUCGUCUCACUCAGCUCCCACAGAGAACUUGCUUCUCCCUCCCGGGGGAUAUGAAAUGGGUCAUCUUAGUCCCCCACACCUCUUGGUGGCCCAGUUCCAGCUUCACACAUCCGCCAGCCAGUCAACUCGGAGGAUAACCAGCAGUCUGCUUUAUGUGUUGCAUGCGGUGGACCAAGGAUAA